AGCGCCAGUCGCGAUACGCGCAUACGUGUAAGCGCACGUUCGAGACUGCUCGUCGUCGUCGUCGUCGUCGUUCUCAUCGUUCUCGUCGUUCUCGUCACCAUCAUCAUCAUCAUCAUCAUCGUCAUCGUCGUCCUCGUCCAUUCGUUGUUCGUUACGUUCGUUCUCUAGUCACAUUCCUAUUCACGUUAAUGGAUUAAACAUUUUUUUUCUGGGAUUAAUCUUAUCUCGCAAUUACGCAGUUCUCAAGUUCGCGCGUUCGACUCUCGAAAGGUGUUUUGUGAUAGAUUCAUCAGUGUGGGACAUAUUGGAUAGAUUAAUUACUUAACGAUAUCGAAGAGGAAAAGAGAAAUUAUUUUUAUGUUCGACUUUUGUGCGAUAUAAUCAUUUUUUCUCUCUCUGUUUUUUUUUUAUAUCGUAAAAUUUAAAAAAUAAUCGAAGUUGGCGUGCUUUGGGAUCGAUGAAAAAAAAAAGGAGAAAACUACCGUAGAAAAUAUUUGUUUGACAGAACGAAACGAUCAGAAUGACGAAUGGUAGUAAACCUUUUUGAUUCUCUAUCGUUUUAUGUAAUACCUAGUGAAUAAUCUUAUAUACAUAUCUACCUAUAUAAUACAAUGACAACGAAUGAUUCUUUCGCGCUUACGAGUUAGCUAGCGAACGUAAUUGUCUCCCACGAGGCUUCGUUAUUUCACGCGUGCGUCGUCGCGUAUUUUCUUAUGAGCGCGAAUGAAUGACGCGAAUCCGAUGUUCUCAGGGACGGAUAUCGUUGUAACUCCGUAGUUGAUUACAAUAACGGCAAACGAUUUCAUUGCUUUUUCUUCUUUUUUUUUUCUUUUCUUUUUCUUUUCUAUUUUUUCCUUCUUUUCCUUUCUUUAUUUCUUUCUUUCACAUACUUUUUAUUCCCUUCAAAAAAUUUCACUUCGAACGUAUGAUAAAAAUAAAAAAAAAAAGAAAAGAAAUAUUUCAUAUUAGAUAUAUUAAUAACAAAUAAAUUUAACAAAUAAAAAUUCGAUUACGUAAGGAAAGAUUUACAUAAGAAAUUGUCAAAGACAUUUUCCGUGAUAACUCGCCAACUACGUUCGUCGGUUCGUUGAAUUUCCUUUUUUUUUCUUUUUUUAUUAUUGUCGAUGCCAUUGAGAAACCGUAUGGAUUUUCUACGCGCGUAUCGAUAUCGUUGCGACCGAAAUAUGGCACCGACGUGAAACGCGAGAUGCAAAAGAACGGAAGUACCUGUCGAAAGGUAACGGAUGAGAGUAGGAGGAGGAAAGAAAGAGAGAGAAAAAGAGAGGGAAAGGAAAGAGUACAGUAACGUCGCGAUUUCACGUGGGUGUUACUCGGACAAGUCAUAUUUUAACAAUAGUCUACGAAACGUGCGAAAUCUUUUCCUUUUGUUUUUUUAUUAAUUUUUUUCUUUUCUCUUCUCCUUAGCUUUUCUUUUAUUUCCUUUUAUUUCCUUUUCUUUUCUUUUCUUUUCUUUUCUUUCGUAUUUCAUUGAAAGAGAAUCGUUUUGUCUUCGAACAUAUAUACAUACAUACAUAUAUACAUACUUAUACACAUACACACAUAAAUACACAUAUACGAGACUCGAGACGUGUGAAGGGAAGAUAAGUGUUCGUGAAAUUAGGACGAAGCGUCUCGCUCAAUUAUGAUUCGAGGAGGGAGAGAGUGAAAAAAAAUCAUUCGAUGGACAUUAACUUCGUGAUAAAAAUAAAAAUAUAAAACAAAAAGGAGAUAGAUCGACGGACUCGAAGGAUGAUAGAAAAAAGAAACGACAGAGGAAGGACAAUGGGAAGGAUUUUUGUUGGUGAACGAAGAGAAAUAUAAAGGAAGAAUAAAAUUGAACAAGGACGGAUGUUGAAUAAAUAAAACUAAGAAAGAAGGAUAGAGUCUAAGAUAUUCGAAGAAUUCUAAUCCUCGAGACUACGUUUUCGAUCUCUCUCUCUCUAUAUAUAUUACUUGCGUUUCUUUUUUCUCUUCUGUAUUGAAGAGGAAAAACAGAAAGAAAGAAAAAAGAUAAGACAGCAAAAGAGAGAGAAGGAGAAAGACAUCGAUAAAAGGAGAUCGUUCGAAGAAUGCCCGAGGGAUGAAGGCAAAAGUAUCUCGAAAAGAAUUGGAGGAUCUUUUUAGCGAGGGUGCGCGUUUCCGGGACACCUCGCAACAAAUACACAAACAAUGGCAGGCCGAUCCAGCGAGAGCAUUUCCGACCGUCGGCAGUGUCGCUACCACCGUCGGUGGUGGUUCGCCGUCUCCAGCAUCGGGUGACAUUUCAACCCCAAACUCAACACCCAGUCCGAGCCCUAGUCCGACCAAUGGUCAACAAGUAAUGCACAAUGGAGGUUACGAAUCGCAAACGAAGAACGUUAACACCAUCGCGAGAAACAAACAACAACAGCAAUUACUUAUGCACCAACAGCAACAACAGCAACAUCAGUUAUUACAUCAAGAACAGGUACAAGGAGUUCAAUCGUCGGGGACGCCCGCGAGGACGCCUGGCGUCGGCGCAGAUUCGUCUAGCGUCGAUGUGGGAAAGGGCGUCGGUGGAAGGGUCACGGAAGUGAUGGAAUUGUGUUAUGUCACGGAAAGGAUAAUCGCUCUUUGGUAUCGAGAAGAUGCACAAGGUGUUCUGGAACAUGCGACGACUCUUUUAAGAGGCAAACAUGCCGAUAAUUAUAUGAUAUUCAAUCUAUCAUCGCCAGGACGAGCAGGUGAAUCGAAUACAAGAGAAGCCGGAUGGCCUCAAGGUUUGGCACCAAGUUUGGAAAGAUUAUGCGCCCUUUGCAAGGAGCUGGACUCCUGGUUAAACGGUGUUCCAAAUCGUGUUGUUGUUUUACACGCAAGGGGUAACAAGGAACGAUUGGGCGUGGCGGUCUCGGCUUACAUGAAUUACAGCAGCAUCUGCGGUGGACGCGAUCAAGCUUUGGACAGGUUCGCGAUGAGAAGGUUCCUCGAUGACAAGAUCGGAUCUCUGCAAGUUCCAUCACAUCGAAGAUACAUAGAGUACUUCAGCGGAUUAUUGUCUGGGUCAUUGAGAAUCAGUCAAUCUCCUCUUUACUUGACACACCUCACAGUACUCGGAGUGCCACUCUUCGAGCCUACCGGAUGUCGAGCGUUCCUCAAAGUCUACGAAGGAUUGACGCCCGUUUACACAUCGGAUUUGUACUCGGUGACGAAUGCUCGUGAGUUCACGGUUAAUCUCGGUGGUCUUCGCUUGAGAGGAGACAUUCUCGUGAAAUGUUAUCAUAGGGUAUAUUCCAAACAAAGCCGAGAAGUUAUGUUCUCGCUACAGUUCCACACAUGCGUCAUCACAGAAAACGUUGUGUCAUUUCCCCGUUCGGAACUUGACGUUGCUUGCGAAGAUCCACGAUGUCCACCCGAUAGUGUUGUGACCCUUUACUUCGCAACCGAUGCGAAACGUCAGGAUGGCCCAAUUCCGGCACCAACACCCGCUGUGCCUCAUGCCUCGGCUCAUCACGAUCCCAUCCUCCAUUGGGACAGCUACACGAAUCUCGAGAUAAGCGAUGACGAAGGCCGCGAGACACCGUUGUCACCACCGCCACCAUCGAGUUCAUCCGUUCAAACAUCGCCACGUGGGUUAGGUUACACCUGUGGACCCAUAGAUGGAUCCUUAUACGCAGUGGUACACCAGGGUGCUGCAGGUGGUGCUCGCGGUUCACCACUGACAGUUUCCAUGGACAGCGGUAUCAGCAGUGCUCCACCUCAAAGACCAAGUCCACCUGAACACGAGCCGGAUAAUCAGGCUCACGGUGAUCUUGAUAAACUUCUUCACGAUAUGAUGCUCACCGUUGAGUCGAUGCCAGACCCUCCUACGGAGGAUUAUGCUCGACCGGAUAGAAACGAGAAGAUUUACGUCCAAGAAAAUCGUAGUUACAGUAGUCACACCAGUAGUAGCCAUGCGGCAUCAACGUAUUCGACCUUGAAGGAUUCCUACAGGAGUUAUAGCGUCGCCAAAGAAUCCAGUCCGCCUUACAACUCUAGCAGUAGCUAUAGCACGUUAAAGAACGAAUAUAGAGAUAGCCCGAAAAACACGGAACACCGUCGAGACGAUUACGAGUACCGUGUUUCACCGGAUCGCAAAUUAUCCGAAUCCACGGCAGAGAUUUAUGGUAGAAAGCAACACGUCGAUUCCUUCUCUCCAUCUGGCAAUAUCGACUUUAUCGACGAGGACAUUCCUUAUCACGCGAGACAAACGAGUCAACCGUUUUCUUACGGUGCAACAACCGACAUGAUCAAACAUCAAAAAUUAUCAUCACCGUCCUUGGUAAGAAAAGCAUCGGUACGUGGUACAGCACCGGUCGUAGACUUCGAUGAGAUUCUCGGUGAUGCGAAUCCGAGGCGUCCGAUCAGCCCUCUCAGCCCAAAUACACCAGAUCCACCACCAGAGUUCGCGAAUGGUCCUGUCAAAACCACCCCCGAUCACGUCGACGGAUUAUCUUGGCUGAGGCAACAACAAUUGAAACUUGCUGCGAGGAGAGACGAGAAAAGUCCUAAAACAAUAUGGCGACAGGAAACUGGGAAUCGUGUUAUCGGAGAACUUCGGAGUUAUCAAAGGGGAAGAUUAAGGCAUGACGGUUAUGCCAGCGAUUCGGCGGUACUCGACGACGACGACGAUACAUGGAUACCAAGUUCCAUUUCUAAUCAGACCCAAUCGAAAACGACUCCUUACACCUCAGCACCGGCGAGUCCUUUGCUUCCGCAAAGAUCGAGUAGUCGUAAGUACAAUGGCAGCGCUAGUAGCGGUAUUCUCGGCAGACCAAGAGCCGAAAGCAUGAACGAACGACCAUUCGUCUCUGUGAAGAGAGCUUACGAGUAUCGAAAGUACAGCGACGGUCAGAGCCCUCCGUCAUCCCCCCGCGCAGUAUUUGCAGCCGAUCCACCCUUAAGCACAGGAAUGCAACGUCGAUCGGGUAGUCCGGUCAACUUGGAGAAGCAACAACCACCUCGUCCAGAAUCUAGAAGCGAUAGUUUUGCACGUACCGAUGCCUUCUUGCGUGAGCAUAGACAGCAACAACAGCAAUUCCUACAACAUCAACAACAACAACAACAGCAGCAGCAGCAGCAGCAGCAACAGCAACAACAACAACAGCAGCAACAACAACAGCAACAACAACAUCAACAACAACAACAGUUGCAGCAACAGCAACAACAACAUAACAACAGGAUGAACAACAUUUCCAACACCAUGGAAAAUGGUCACGAGCAAAGCAAACAAACAAUUACUCAUGAGAAAAGUUUUGGCACUUUGGCUAGACCGUCGAGACCGGAGUCGAGAAAUCGUGUAACAACGACGUAUCAAAAUUAUUCGAGAAAUUACAACAACAAUACAACAACGAUAACGACAACGACAACACCAACAAUAACUGCAACAAUGACAACAAUGACGACAACGAUGACAACAAACGAUAGAAGCAACAAUGGCAAUGGCCAAAACGAAGGAGGACUUUUGGCAGUAGUCGAUCAACAAACGUCUGCUCCUAAUCAAGGAGAUCCUCUCGUGAGCCUCAUUCGAUCACUGGCUGAGAUAUCGCCUAUUCGCUCACCCUCAUCCAAUUCCGCGACUAACAAGAUCGAGAAUGAUCAUGGUACAACUAUCGAUGCGACCGCGACAACAGUCACCAACAACGUCGCUAGCAUUGCCACUAAUUGUUCCCCUAACCAGUCGCCAAAAGCAUGGCAGAAUUGUACCCAGUCCCACAAUGACUCGGCGUCAUCGUGGACCGAGAGAAGCGUCAGUCCCGGAAGUACAGUCGGAGUUUCGAGACCGCAAACACCUGCAUUCCCUGUACAUCCACGUACUCCUUAUGUCAAUAACGCAUCGCCAACUGUAACCUUCGCCUCCGAUCGGGGCUAUGUCAUGUCCAACAAUAGUUAUAACAUCAACAACAACAAUAAUAAUAUUACCGGAGUAGAAGCGACAGGUGGAAACAGUAACAACAACAAUCUUGGGAAUUAUAAUGCCGAACGAACGAUCUACAUUGAGGAGCGAAGAGAAGUCUCUAAGGAAACGGGACUUCCACCCAAGAGUCCGACAACACAGCGACGCUUGAGUUUCCCGGCAAGCGGGCCGCUUAAACAAACGCAUAACAAACGAUGGCCGCUCACUAACCAAUCGGCGUCGUUCGACUAUAGCAAGGACCGACCUGUUUCUCCAAUAGGCGAAUCUGCGAUAUCACAGGCUCAAGCUAUUUCACAUAGCCCUGGUACUCCAACUCACGUUGAAUUUGCCCAAAGUCCGAAGAGUGCUACGUCUUACACAUCUAUCAACAGUGGUGGUCAGUCGUCUCCACAAGUGCAGUAUUAUGGAUCAAGACGUUCGAGUAUUCAUUCGAACAGUGAACCUCAAGAAGUCGCUGACAUAAAUGUUAAAUUCGUACGAGAUACCAGCAGGAUCUGGUACAAACCAAAUAUAUCUCGAGAACAAGCAAUUUCGAUGCUAAAGGAUGCCACACCGGGUACGUUCGUAGUAAGAGACAGCAAUUCUUUCCCGGGUGCGUUUGGUUUAGCAUUGAAAGUGGCAAUACCACCACCUGGUGCGCCUAGUAGUCCUAGAGAUCCAUCAAGCGAACUCGUCAGGCAUUUCUUGAUCGAGCCAACCUCACGUGGAGUCAGACUGAAGGGAUGUGCGAACGAACCAGUUUUUAGUUCUUUGUCAGCAUUAGUUUAUCAACACAGCUUGAUGGCAAUGGCAUUACCAUGCCAACUGUUAGUACCUGAACCAGAAGCUGCUGCUAGAGCUUUGGAUUCGCCCGCUACGAAUAGUGCACAACAACUUCUUGCACAGGGAGCUGCUUGCAACGUUCUUUAUCUUUUCACCGUCGACACGGAAUCCUUAACCGGGCCUCAAGCUAUCAAAAAAGCAAUAAGCACUUUGUUCGAACAAAAACCUUUACCGAGUGCGACUAUCGUUCAUUUCAAGGUCUCAACUCAAGGUAUAACACUGACGGAUAACGCAAGGAAAUUAUUCUUCCGUAGACAUUAUCCUACAAACAACAUCAGUUAUUGCGGCCUAGAUACGGAUGAACGUACUUGGGAUUUCACCGGUGAAGAUACUGGACGCUCACUUAGCGCACAUCGUUGCUUCGGAUUCGUAGCAAGGAAACCCGCUCACAAAUCAGACAAUCAAUGUCACGUGUUCGCCGAGCUGGAACCGGAACAACCAGCAACGGCCAUCGUUAAUUUCGUCAAUAAAGUCAUGAUGGGCAACUCGAUCGCUAAAGCUAAUAUCGUAUAAAUUUAGAUUCGUCGAUCAUUACGUCGAUCAUUCUUUCAACCUAAUCGAUAUAUACAACAGGAAUAAGCUGGAUAAUGAUUUCGCAAUAAUGAAAUAUUAUAAUCAUCAAUGGGAAAUACUUGUCGUUUGAAAAACUAUAAGAAAUUAUUACACUUCGAAUUGAUGUUUGACUGAAAGAAAGAAACAAAAAAAAAAGAAAAAAAAGAAGAAGAAAAAGAAAAAAAAAGGAGAAGAAAAGAAAUUCAAAUCUUAAUUUAUUCUAUAAAUUCUAAAAAGGCGUAACUUGUCGCUUGAAAAGCGAUAAGAACUUGUUACACUUCGAAUUAAUUAACGAACAUUUGACUGAAAGAAAAGGAAAAAAGGAAAAAAGGAAAGGCAAAAAAAAAUUAAAGUCUUAUUAAUUACGAGAAAUACGUGUAUUAACGAAACAGAGCGAAAAAAGAAAAAAAAGAAAAAAAAAUAUGAAAAAAAAAGGAAAGAAAAUUUCAAUUCUCGUUUAGAAAACGUAUCAAAACAAGGCUAUUUCCAACGAUAAAUAAUAACGUUAUCUGUGCGGUCGCGAAUCGUUAAAUUGUCACGUAAAAUGACAAAUAAAUGUAGUUCAUCAUUUAAAAAAUAAAUAAAGUAUACUUGAGAGAUAUAAGUAGAUACGAAUGAAAUAGAGAGUGGGAAAAAUGCAAAAAUGUGUAUGAGUUACUUUGAGUAGAUAUAAACGAUCUAAUCGUUGUUAUGAUCACUAUAUAUAAAAAAGACCGUUCGAGUUUUGAUCUAUCUUUAGAAUCACAAUGAUGACGUAAUACGAUAAUCGAAUGGAUUGAAACAAAGAAAUUAGCUGAAAUAUCUUCUUAUCAUUUCAGUAUUCGUUCUCGUAUACGAAUUGAAAGAGAAUUGAAAAAAUCACUGUUAUAACCAUCGUUACACUGUUAUUAUUUAAAACGUAGCGAAUAUCGUAGUAACGAUUAACGAACGAUACGAAGUAGGGUAAUGUCUGAUACAUAUAUAUAUAUAUAUAUAUAUAUAUAUAUAUAUAUAUAUAUGAAUUAUAGGUCAUUUUAUAAAAUAUAAAUUUUUUAGUAAAAUCAAAAUUUAUUUAAAAUUUGUAUAAAUAUCUUUUAAAUAUUUCUCGAUCUUUAUAACGCUUCGUAAAGAGUGUACGAGAAUAUAAAUUGUUUCAUAAAAUUCAUUUACAAUAUUUUUUCUUUUCUUUUGUUUUUCUUUUUUCGAUUACAAAUAUUUAAAAAAUUUCUCGAUGUUUAUCGUACUUCGUCAGAAAUAAAUAUCUCGUAAAAAUCGUGUAUGAAGGGUGCGUGAAAAUCUAUCGACAGUUAAUUAUAACGAAUGUUAAUCGAAAGUAAACGUAAAAUUUCUUACGUAAAAUUUCGUUUCCGUUUGAUCUUAUUAAUUUAUUCUUUUUCUUUUUUCUUUUCUUUUCUUUUCUUUAGUUUUUUUUUCUCGUUUCUAACUAAAUGCAUGUAUGCAUUCACACGUUUUAAAAAUUAAUACACACGAAUGUACUAAAGCGAUGCUAGAUCUUCGAUAAGCAUUGAACGAAUUUGAUCGAAAGAUAAUCUCUCUUUUGAUAAAGCUGGGUAUUAUCCAUAAAUAAAUUUUUUUUAUAUUUACAGAUAAUUCUGAUAACACUUUUUUCUUUUUCUUUUUUAUAUAAUCAUUCUGACAUCAUCUUGAUUUUGUUAAGUUCGAUGCGAUCGUCGACUUAUUUUGUUUUCCUUUUAUUAUUAAUAAAUUUUUCAUCGACAAAAGAAUUUUCAAUUAAUCGACUCUAUCUAAUACAAACUUACAAUGAACAUACAUAAAACUUAUCGAAGAACCGCAAUGAAUUGGUACGUUAAACGUAACUUAAACUUACACCGAAAGUUAAUCGAAAUCGUGCAUAUACACACACACAUACAAACAUACAUACAUGCACAUACAUACAGGAUAUAUUAAAAUAUGUGAAUAUAAAUUUAAGAUUGUAUUCACUAUAAAAAGAUAAAAGAGAAAAGAAAUCAUACCAACGAAAUGUUUCGUUUGUUUAAUUCACAAGAAACUUUAUUCGUCCACGUAAGAAUUUUGAUCUUGAAUUAUUUUUCUAUGUUAAAUACAAACCUAAAUUUAUAUUCACGAGUAUGAUACAUCCUGUUUAUAUAUAAUAUCGUUAUACUUGAGACUCUCGAGUAAUAUUUAAUGAAAAUGUUACAUCGUUACAGAGCAUACGUAUGCAUAUACACACACAAAUAUACAUAUAUAUAUAUAUGUGUAUAUACACACACACACACACAUUCACAUAUAGAUAUAUGAAAAUACUAUAUACUAUAUAAACCUCGAUAAUAUAUAUAUAUAUAUAUAUAUAUAUAUAUAUAUAUAUAUAUCGUACUCCUCGAUAAACGAAGUGGACGAUGUUAUAAAUAACUGUAAAUAAGAAAAUACCCUUGGCGCCUUAAAGGAAAUACGACAGAAAAGCUUCUUCUUCGUCGAUCGUGAAUCGACGUGGACAAUGCAGGAGGAAAGAAAGAAAUUAAAAAACGGAAGAGAAAAAGGGAGAGUGAAAGAAAAGAAGAGAAAAGAAAAAAAAGAAAGAAAAGGACGAAAGAAGGAAGGAAGGAAAGAAGGAUGAAAGAAAAGA